CCUCCCGGUGCAACCAUGAGCCGCCGUGACCGCGACCCCGGUGUGCCGCCGCCUCUCACCGUGGCCCCGGGGCGGCUGGCGGCGGCGGCGGCAGCGCGGGGCGCGGAGCGAGAGGAGCUGGCGGCACUGAACGAUCGUUUCGCCGCUUUCCUGGAGCGAGUCCGGGCGCUGGAAAGGCAGAACGAGACCCUCCGUGCCGCUCUGGGCCGCGCCACCGCCGCCACCGGGCCCCGCACCGGGCUGGUGCAGGGGGAGCUGCGGGGGCUGCGGGAGCGGCUGCAGCGCCUCGGCCGUGACCGGGACCGGCUCCAGGCUGAGCGGGACGGGCUCGCCACCGACCUGGCGGCCCUGCGGCAGCGGCUGGAGGACGAGACACAGAAGCGUGAGGAUGCCGAGAAGAGUCUGGUGCUGUUCCGCAAGGACGUGGACCACGCCACGCUGUCUCGCCUGGAGCUGGAGCGCAAGGUCGAGCUGCUGAUGGACGAGAUCGGCUUCCUCAAGAAGCUGCACGAGGAGGAGCUGCGGGACCUGGAGGUGAGUGCCCCGAGCCCGGCGGGGCUGGCCGAGGUGGAGGUCUGCAAGCCGGAGCUGACGGCUGCGCUGCGGGAGAUCCGCACCCAGUACGAGAGCAUCGCUGUGAAGAACCUGCAGGAAGCCGAGGAGUGGUACAAGUCAAAGUUUGCCGACCUCUCAGAUGCAGCAAACCGUAACCACGAGGCGCUGCGGCUGGCCAAGCAGGAGAUGAACGAGUCCCGGCGGCAGAUCCAGAGCCUGACCUGCGAGGUGGACGGGCUGAAGGGUGUGAACGAGGCGCUGCAGCGGCAGAUGCGGGAGAUGGAGGAUGAGUUCGGGGAGGAGAUCGGGAACUACCAGGAUGUGGUGGGGAGGCUGGAGCAGGAGAUCCAGCAGAUGAAGGAGGAGAUGGCGAGGCACCUGCGCGAGUACCAGGACCUGCUGAACGUCAAGAUGGCCCUGGACAUCGAGAUUGCCACGUACCGCAAGCUGCUGGAGGGCGAGGAGAGCCGGAUCACCAUCCCACUGCAGCCCACCUCCUCCUUCAGCAUGAGAAGCUCAGUGCUGGAGCCCCAGCCUGUGGAGAGCUCGGCAAGGAGGAUGGUGCUCAUCAAAACCAUCGAGACACGGGAUGGGCAGCAAGUGGUGACAGAGUCGCACAAGGAGCGGGCGGGGAAGUGACACAGAGGAGCUGAUGCGAUUGCCCCGAGCCCAUGGUGGGGGUUUUGCCAGACCCUGCUGCGUCCUGGGCGG